GAUGAUGCUUUUUGGGACCGCCUAUAGAUUUAAUUACGGAUCUGUGUUCGAGCAUUAUAUUAUACGAGCCGUUUUUCCUCAAUAUUAGCCUUAUUUUAUUGAUUUAAAUGCGUCUAUUUUUUCCCCGUUUGCUAAGAACAAAGACCUUUCUUUAUGAAAUAAAACCCUCUCUCGAGUCGCUCGUCAUCGGACCCGCGCGCUGAUUCUGGAGCCAGUGUUUUUGUUAGUGAGCGAUCCUGGGACGCGCGCUAGCUCUGUCGGCAUGUUCGGAUCCCCGUCUGCAGGAUUGUAACCACCGGGAAACAGCACUGCAGUCAAUAAAUUUGUGAGAGCUGAGAUUAAAAACGAUGAUGGACCAUUUGGCAACUACUAGUGGCACCCAGGGGCCCGUCAUGUGUGAAUCCUCUUAUCCUCCCUGUAAAAUGGCCCGUAUGGAGAAUUCAAGAGAUCUGCCUGUACCUGGAAUCACUCCUGUGAGCCUGACCUCCAAACAAACAUCAUUACAUGCAAACAGGAGGAAAGGGAGUCUGAUCCCUGUGUUCUGUAUGGUGGAGCAGAGUGAUGUCCCACCCUCAGAGAGGAAGAGAUCGGAGCAUGCAGAAUUUGUGCUGUUGAAGAAAGACCUGCUGUUCAGCCAGAUUACAGAGGCUGCACUGCAAGAGCUGGGAUACACACACACCGCGGCGGCUCUGGCUACAGGUCAGGUUCAGGUUGGCCAUUGGAACCCUGUGUCCCUGUCCACUGUGACAGACACCUCUGACGCGACAGUAGGAGACAUGCUUCAAGAUCUUUACCAUGUCAUCACCUUAAGAAUAAAGCUACACAGUGUUUCUAAAUUAGAGGACUUGCCUGCUGAGCAAUGGACUCAUUCUACCGUCAGAAAUGCCCUGAAGGAGCUGCUGAAAGAGAUGAAUCAGAGCACUCUGGCUAAAGAGUGUCCAUUAUCUCAGAGCAUGAUUUCAUCAGUAGUGAACGGCACUUACUAUGCCAGCAUCUCUGCUGCGAGAUGUCAAGAGUUUGGCCAGUGGUACAAACACUACAAGAGGGCAAAGUCUAUGAUGGGUGACAUGAGCAGACAUUGCAACCAACCAUCAUCCUCCAGCCAGCCCACCAUGUACCAGCAGCCAAUGGAAGGCAGUGGGGCGGAGUCACAUGGCGUUGUCCAGAUGCAGGCUGGAAUGCCUGGUCUGGUGAUGGCUCAGCUCCUCUCACAGCAGCAUGCCAUGUCUCAGCUCCUCACACACGCUCACACGCACCCACACGGGCCUCAUCCUGCACCACUAAAGACUCCUCCCAAAUGCAAUGUGUCCCCACCCACAGUAGCUCAAUGCCCCUCACCUGUCACCGACGUGUCACCUGAAAUUUACCAUUGGGUGCGUGAUGAACUAAAGAGGGCGGGGGUUUCCCAAGCCGUGUUUGCACGAGUGGCCAUUAACAGGACUCAGGGCCUGCUAUCGGAGAUCUUGCGCAAGGAAGAAGACCCACGGUGUGCAUCUCAGUCUCUUUUAGUAAACCUCAGGGCCAUGCAGAGCUUCCUGCAACUGCCACAGAGCCAGAGAGACUCCAUUUAUCUGGAGGAAAGAGAGCGUAACCUCAACUCUACCUACAACCCCAAUACAAGCUCACCUCUGCCCAUUCAGGCAAAACUUUCACCUGUUUCCAAGGACAUUGUAGUCAAAGUGGAAUGCGAUGAUUCUGGAAUUAACUACGGCAUCUAUGAUGAAAUACAGCAAGAAAUGAGACGAGCAAAAGUGUCUCAGGCCUUGUUUGCAAAAGUGUCUGCAGCUAAGAGUCAGGGCUGGCUGUGUGAGCUCCUGCGCUGGAAGGAGGAGCCAUCGCCUCAGAAUCGUACACUGUGGGAAAAUCUGUCUCUGAUUCGCCAGUUCCUAAAUCUCAGCCAAUCAGAGCGAGAUGUUAUAUAUGACCAAGAGAGCAAUACAGGGCAGACAUUCUACUCAGAAAAACACACAAGACCACUGACAGAACAACUACAAGUCAUGCCACAGCACAUGGUGCCUCUGAAGCAGCACCAACAACUGCACAAAAUCCCAACUCCGCAUCAUCAACACUUCCUCCAGCAGCAUCUCAUCACUGGAUGUCUCAAAGCCACUCACAUGGGCCCAAAUAUUGGAGGCAGGUCUUUACCACCAGAAGCCCAUGCAAUCCUGCAGAGUUUCAUUCAGGAAGUGGGACUACAUCCAGAUCAAGAGGCCAUUCAUACCCUAUCUGCUCAACUAGGAGUAGCCAAAGAGGCUGUUCUCAGCUUUUUCAAUGGUCACAACUGGCUUAGACAGGAAGAGCAGGACAACAGAGGAGAAAGAGAGAUUGAGGAAGGGGAAGUCGAUUACAUGGAGGCAGAGGAGGAAUGCAUGGAUAGGAUGGAAAAUGAUGAGGAGACAAACACAAACAUGAUGAUAGGGAAACAAGACAGUGUGGUGGAGCAAAAUGCAUCUACACAAACUCGCUUUAUCAUUACUAUUAAAAAAGAGGAGGAGCUUCCAAGUAAGGAGGAGCUUCCAUGUAAGAAGGAGCGGGGUGAUAGUCCCACCUACUGCCAAUUCAUAAACUCCUAAUAAAUGCAUACGCUACUGUUCAAAAGUUUGGGGCUAUUUUGUUUGAAUAAACGUAAUACUUAAAUUCAUCAAGGAUGCAUUAAACUAAUCAAAAGUGACAUUUAUAAUAUGACAAAAAAACUUAUAUUUGAAAUAAACAGUUCUUUUGAACUUUUUAUUCAUUUUAGAUAACUGAAAAAUAAUGUGUCAUGGUUUCCACAGAAAUAUUAACCAGAAUAAAUGUUUUCAACAUUGAUAAUACAAUUUUAUUUUUUUGAGGAGCAAAUCAGCAUACUAGAAUGACUUCUUUAAUUAUCUGAAGGAUUAAUUACAUUACAAAAUAUUUAAAAAUAGAAAAGUUAUUUUACAUUGUAAUAAUAUUUCACAAUAUUACUGUUUUUACUGUAUUUUUGAUUUAAUAAAUACAGCCUGAAUGAGCGUAAGAGACUUCACAGACAUAAAAAAACACUCAUACCAACCUCAAACUUUUGAAUAGUAGUGUAUUAAAUGACCAAACAAACCGCUAUGAAUACUGGGUGAUUUGACAAUUCCAUGUAGCGUAUUUAUUUACGGUUGUGCCUUCAUGCACAAGGUGUUUUACUGAAACCUCAUACUUUGGAUGCCACGGAAAGAAUUCAUUAAACAUCUAAAAAAGUGUUUUGUUAAUAUUAGGGGUGUAAAAACACUCAUGUCUGACUAUGAAAAUUUAAUGGAGAGAUUAUAAUAUCCAAAACUUAAUUAAGCCACCAUUAUCAUAAUGUAUCACAUCAUUUAAGGAUGAAUCGCUAAUUUAAAUUGUUUUUAGAGCAAAUAUUUACACCCCUAAAUUAAUGUGAUUUGCAGUUUUAUAGUAGUAGUAUUUAUUGUUUGUCUCUCGUUUUCUGCUCAAUUGAAUCUUUGCAGGUGGCAGACAACGUCAGUCAGUGUUAAUGAUGGCAUUUUCAGCCAGACAGUGUUGCCAGAGACCAUGAUGUAUUAUAUGUUAGAGGCAAACAACACAUUACUGUAUUAUUGUCAAUAGAACAAAACACAAUAGAAACAGCACUUUGAAUUAUAGUGAAUAGUUCUCUCUGAUGAAUUACAAUAAAUCUUUACUGUUUGUUAUUGUU